GAUGAAUAUGCUAGUAUGAGAAUGGUUUAGUAUUGAAUCUCAUACAUGUUUCCAUUUCACCGAUUCAAGAUACUGUUAUUCUUUAUCUGCAGGUUCAUGCUUUGCAAGAUUGGAUAAUAUUUUGUUAAACAAUAAAAGUGGAGAAGACGAAGUGAACGGUGUCUCCGAUACUCUUUCCAAAGAAUCUCAACCUAAAGGUUUAUCAGCUGUAAUUCCUGGAUGGUUCUCUGAAAUCAGCCCAAUGUGGCCAGGGGAGGCACAUUCCUUGAAAGUGGAAAAAGUUUUGUUUCAAGGAAAGUCUGAUUAUCAGGAUGUUAUGGUCUUCCAGUCAGCAACAUACGGCAAGGUUCUUAUUUUGGAUGGAGUCAUUCAGCUCACAGAAAGAGAUUAGUGUGCUUACCAAGAGAUGAUCACUCAUCUUCCUCUUUGCUCUAUUCCAAACCCCAAAAAGGUUAUGAUGUCAAGAGAGAUUGAUGAAUUAGAUAAGAUUAUUGUUUUGUAGUGAUUCGGUUUCGCGAAUGGCAAGAGACCUGUUAGAUUUGUUCUCCAUGAAAACCUGGAGGUGUUCUUGGUCUCUUGCCGCGACGAUUGCUUCGGUUUUGGCAUUGGCUUCUGUAGUUCAUUUGUUCUUGUUUCCGUUGACGCCGUCUUUAGAUUAUUUUAAGUUAGCUUCAAAUUCAUGUGUUUCGAGUAAUGCAUCGGUGGAGUUGUUUAGUAAGCGUGGUUGGGAUGAACCUGCGAUUGAUUUGAAGAUUCGGUUCCCGGGUGAUUUGCACGGUUCGGUUGCUUAUAAGGGUGCGCCGUGGAAGGAUGAGAUUGGUCGGUGGCUUGCAGGUUGUGAUUCUGUUACAAAGGAAAUCAACGUUUCUGAGAUAAUAGGUGGAAAUGAGUGCAAAAAUGACUGCAGUGGUCUGGGAGUUUGUAAUCAAGAGUUGGGACAAUGUCGAUGCUUUCAUGGUUAUGCUGAGAACAAUGAAGCUCAUCUUGCUUUGGGGACUACCCUGUUUCAUAGCGGAAUGUGCAUACAAGAUAUGAUCAGCUUUGAAGAUGUAUUGAAGGAGUUUACUUCUAAGAAAUGCGGUAAACUUGGGAAAUUGCUUAUGGAAAGUGGUGAUUAA